GACAGAUCGAGGUCAUUGACGCGCACAUUCUUAAUUGAAACCAUAGACCUAUAUUACUUCAUUGUUUGAAACGCAUCAAACAUAGGUUUAUUAAAACUUAUUUGCAUCAAAAGUACAUACGCUACCUACCGGGAAAAUGGAUUCAAGUUUUCUAUUUGCAAAAUUAAAAGAAUUAGGCCCAGUUAAUAGUGAAAAGGAUAACUUAAUAGAGCAUUGUACACAAAACAUACAACAGAUAAUCAAGUUUUUGUCGAGACGUCUAUUAGCUUCUGACGGAGGUCAAAUUCUGGAUUACCUUUUUAAUGGUCUUACAGAAAGUUUAAAGAUACACAAAAUAAAGAUAGUAGAUGUUAUACUACAAACAAUGAGAAAGGAGCCCUCAUCAUUGACUCAUUGUGCAGAUAUCAUCAGUAGACUUUGCUUGGAACUUCCACAGUUACCUGCCAAUGAUUUAGUUAGGUGGUGCAAUGACAGCAUACAGUCUGUUGUUGAAGAUACUGAUGUUAACAUGAUUUGGCGUGACAUUGUACCGGAGUGCAUUAGCUCUCUGCAAAACUAUGAUACCAUACAACAUUAUGAUACAGAGAUGAGCAGUGAUGACUACAAAACUCAGUGUGUACACACCUUAUGUCAGUUUCAGUGGAAGGAAGAGCAUUUGGUUCAGCUUGCUGCAAUGUUUACAGACAUGCAGUUGUCACGAGUUGAUCACACGCAAGUAGUGAACAAAAUGUGUUCGUUAAUAAUCAAAGUUGCACCAGAAAACUUGCCCCCUCUUACUUUGCAACUUAUGCGGUUGUGCAAGUUAUAUAAUUUAGAUAUAGUAUUAUCACAUUUGAGUCAUUACUUUAAUGCAAGUCUAUUUGGCAAAUUGGAACCCCCUCCACAAGAUUCAGAGUCAACGACUAUGGAUGUUGACGAUAUUGUUUCUUACACCAUAGCAGAAUUCAGUCAAUGUCUGUCAAAUUGUAUAUUUCAUAUAUCGCAAGGGCCUGUAGACCCGGAACUUGUGCGAAAACAUCUAAAAAUGUGGCCCAAAACUCAGCUGUUGAGGUCCCCUUUCAUGGUGAAUUUAGCUUUGGUUAUGUCAGACAAGGGAACCGAUUAUAGAACUGUUUGUUUGAAUGUGAUAAAGUCGGCGAUAGAACAGCGUGUAUUGGACGAUAUAAUGCGCAAGAAAUCAGCUUGGGAGCGGUCGGUAAUGCUGCCUGAUGUGGACGUCGCCAGCCUGCUCAAAGUACUCACUACGGACAGUGCCAGCCAGUUGUCGGUUGGAUUAAUGAACUUAGCGUUCGCACUUCUGUCGGUGUCUCCUAUAAAGCCGGUAGCUCACGCGUGCUGGUCACACGGGAAGCUUAUAUUGGUGCGGCUGUGCAAAGCGCAAAGGGAGACGGUCCCGUAUGUACUGAACAACUUGGGGGACAGGCUGGCGGGACAUAACGCUCAGAAACAAUAUGCAGAUUGUCUGUACGUGCUGUGCAAGCUAACGCCGGCGUCCGUGGAGGGUCGCUCGGAGCUGAGCACGAUAUUAGAGAACUGUCAGCCCUCCGGUGGCGACUACGGACUGAGCGCGGCCGUUCUCGAUUCAGUACGCCCUCUCAUCAACUUCAGUACCAGAACCAGGGAUACCUUGGUCAUGGUGUGCCGCAAGGGAUUGUAUUCAAGGGAUUCGUGUCAUCGUUGUCUGGCCCUGUCCGGUUUCCUGACCGUGCUGCGUCACGUCCGCCUAUCGCGCGCCCUGUCCAGCAGCCAGGCCGAGAGCAGUGAGCAGUACAGCGCUAACUCCUAUCUCACUCAGAUCGCCGUCGACUUCCACGCCUCGCAGCAGGGCACGGCAGUAAGUUCAAGAGUGCGCAAUGAAGCAGUCUGUAUGGAGGUCGUGUCGAUACUACGCAGGUGUCUUAUGCAAGAUGCCCUUGUCAAAGAAUUGCUUUAUACAAAGAUCUACGAUUGCUCUCAAGAAAAAAUCGCCCUCCACGAAUUGAUAAUGGAAUUACUGUACGAACAUCUAAGUAAAUAUUUAACGGAUAACAACUCUUUGAUGUUGGAUAAGUGCGUUCAAAUUGGCGCUACAAACGCAACGCUACUUGAACCAAUAUCCAAUCUCCUGUACGUCAUAUGUCAGUUCCUUCAGCCAGAACUGGAGGAAGACUACGAGGACAUCCUCGCCAGUAACACGGAAUCCGGUAGCACGUUUUUGAAGAACAAACUAAAUCUAAUCAUGGAGGGGCUGUGUGCCAGCAACGACUUGGGGCAGAUAUGCGUGGAAGAUCCAGGUCUCUCCGACUUAACGCCCGAAUCGAAGGCCAAAUGUUUGAAAGUACAACAGACGCUCCAGAUAUACGAAACUCUGAUCGCUUAUCAAAUAAUGCAAUGGAGACCGGACAGCACUGAAGCCGCGGGUACUGUGUACAGGCUCUACAAAGAGUGUGACCAGUUGCUGGAGAAAACUAAGGGACCAUCAAAGUUAGCGAAAAAGCGCAGGAAAUCCUUAAACGAAACGAAAGAUUCGACGGUUAAAAGUCAAAAGUCUCCUAAAAGUCAGAAAGGCAAAUCAAAGAGCCCCAAGAAACUUUCGAAUAUGGUCAAAGACAGAGGAAGCGCUUUCAAACAGCUGCCGUGUCUGUGGGACUUGAAGCUCUGCGUUAGGAUCGCAGGAUUACUCUAUGCUGAGCACGUUCCCUGGACUUCGUCGGAUCAACGCAACCAACUUCGUGCCCGAAGGGACUUCCACGUGUGGACGUUACGAUGUAUCGUUUCGGUCCUAUCCAAAAACAAUUUGGAGAAACACCACGUGGCCACGCACGUUGUCAGUUUGUGCCGGCUCAUGUACAGCAGGUGUAUUUGUAGGUUCAGCGAGAUGUGUGAAUUCGACGAUCAAACCACCGUAAACUGUAUCGAGGUCUUCAGGCUGUGUCUAAGCUUGCUGUUCUCCAACAAUUAUUCCUUUAAAUUGGAUUUCUUUCUUCCGAAGAUCACUGACCAAACGGAGACUGUGCCGUCUGCGUGCAUGGCCCUUAUAUUAGAGAAAAUACUUGCUUCUUUGACGUUAAUGGAGGAGGAAGCCUUCGCAGAAGGAAACGAGUCUAAGAAACUGAUAAUUGGUCUCGUGAACACAGCCAGCCUGCUGCUGGAGCAACCAGUACAGUCUACACCGGAGAUGACAAGUGUUAUAGUAAAGUUCGAAGACUUCAUGCGGAAAACGUAUCAUGAUUGCUUGUCGAUGCUGCCCGCGCUACUGGCGGCCGGCUGUCGGGAACACCAGGAGACGCUGUUCUUGGAAGACUUGCUGGCGAAACUCACCGAAUCUCUCGGUAAGAUUGAUGAAGAAGACACAUCAAGGAACGAAUCGUGCACGCUGUUCGGUUCAGUGACCGACGUCACAGUGCAUUCGGUCCUGAACUAUUUGUGCGUUCACUUGAGUGACAGGAUGCAGUGCGCGGAGCACUUGCUGCACAGAGCCCGCGACCUGAGCGCCGCAGUGCCGCGCGCCACGCCCACCGCCCGACUGAGGAUCGAGAGAGAACUCAAUGAAAUUUACGAAUCUACAGUGGUACAUAUGUGCCAGUUGACGACGUGGACUUCGAGGGUGGUCUCGUUACGUUGUUCCGUGGGUCCGAGCAGCAGUCGCGUGCUCGGCACGUGCACGCGGCUCUAUACGUUACUGGCAACACUGGCCAAGCAAAUCAGUGUUGCCAUAGCAAAGAAUGCGCGUUUCGAUCGCCUCCUGAAACUGAGCGGCAAGCGACUAUCGACAAUCAAGGACAAUUUCAUCACGUACCUGGGCUCGUCGCAGGAGCUCGUCUCGGCUCGGCGGGUGGAGCGCGACACCAAGCUGAUACCGCGCCUGGUGCACGAGGCCGAGCAAUACGCCAAGCACGUCAUACUGCUGGCCGAUAAGGCGCAGUUGAACUGGCAACAAUAUCUGUCGUUGGGAACGUCGCGCGACUUCAGGAUCAACGGGCAGAUCCUGCAGCAGGUGCUCCACGACGCCGACGGAGACGACGCCGACCGAACUAACGAGGACAUCCACGACGCUAGUACUGUGGUUACGCAAGAAGAUUCCGGAGACGAAGAUAAUCAAGAGGAAUUAGAAGAAGAGGGAGAACCUGAGAACAGUGAUGAAGGAACCCCUGAGAAGAAAAGGAAACGAAUAUAAAUUGAUUUUAAAUCCACGGUCAUUUUCAUGAUGACUACGUGCUGGGACGAACGCCUCUAGUAUUAUUUCGAAGUAUUAGUGUUAAUUGAAUAUGCAAUUUCGAAAAGGGCACAUCUCUGAAAACGUAAAAUGUUCAGGAAAUGAAAAAAAACAUUAUUUUCUAAAGCAGUGUAAAUUUUAAAAUAUUAACUUUUGAGAUAUAUUUUAGUGUUAAUUACAAUAAUUUUUUAUACAACAGAUAUGUUAUUUUCAUAGUAACUGACUCUUUAAAUCUGAUCGCGCCAUAUAUAUCUACAUACCUACCGAUAUAGUGCACACACAUGUUGACAAGUAGCAUUAAUGAAAAGUACAAAAGAUGGGAUAAGCGCGUGAGUAAAAAAGAUAGCUAUAAUUGGAACGAUUGCACUUGUUAUAUUAUUAUUGCAUUUGUUUAGACGCGACUAAAGACGAAGCGUCCCAAUUGGCCUGUUUUCGAGUCUUCACUUGACGUGCGCUUGAAACAUAUCUGCUUCUUUGUACAUAUAAAAUUACAUUGGUUAAUCAGCCAUUGAAAAUUACUGGAAUUAUUAUAAAAUACGUGUAGGUGGUAAGCCUCAAAACUACAUGUAUAUGAAAAAACGUAUUUGACAAAAUAUGCGGCAUGUGCCAUUUUCGAAAUUGCAUAUUCAAUUGCAGUUGUUAUUAUAUCUUCAGAUAAAGCGUGGACAUGACAAUAGCUACCUCGUAAAACGUGUAUAGUCUGCGACAGUCUGCGUAAACAAUAAGCAAUUUCAUUUCGAUAACAUGUUUUGUUAUAAGUAUGUUGUGAACGAUCUAAAUAAAUAUAUUUUCGUAUACAA